AGGCAUGGAACUAGAUGAUCUUCAUGCCACCUAAAGACUGGUUCAAGGACAUUUAUCCUGGAGAAGAGAAGGCUUGGGGAACACUUGGUUGCUGGACUUUUGCCUGGAAGAGGGGCUGGGUGUGUUCUGCUUGGUCCCAGAGGGCAGAACAAGGAGCAGUGGAAAGAAUGUCCCCGAGGGCGGAAAGGACUGACUUGGGCCAGUGAUGAUUCCUUUCAGAAUGAGCCCAUCCCAGGAGGGAGCACUUUCCCAUUUACAGGAGAGCGAGCAGAAGCCAACUGGCCUCUUUGGGGAUGUGUGGGAGAAAGGGUACAGAAUGGAUUGGACAGAGAUUUGGUGGCUUGAAGGACGUGUCUGCCUUGGUUAUGCUCCCUGGAUGAGAUGGCAUUGGUGACCUUCAAGGACGUGGCUGUGGACUUCACCCCAGACGAGUGGCAGCACCUGGACCCUUCUCAGAAAAGGCUGUACUGGGACGUGAUGCUGGAGAACUACAGGAACCUGGUCUACCUGGGACUAGAAGGUUCCAGACCAGAUGCAGUCUACCUGUUGGAGGGUAGGGAAGCACCCCGGACACCAGAGGGAGACGUUCUAAGGAGCACCUGUCCAGAUUGGAAGACAAGGCCUGAAAAUAAGGAAUUGACUCCAAAUUUGGGCAUAUCUAUGGAAAAGUCAUCCCAGGAAAUAUUGACUCAGGAUGGUCCUCAUGUCUCUAAGUUGGGAGAAUGUGGCUCAAAGUUAGUGAGGGAGCAGAUUAACAAGAAAGAACAUUCUAGAAAAGUAAAAACCACCCGAAGGAAAGUUCCCAAUGAAGGAAAAGAACAUGAAUUUAAUCAAUUUCUACAAAGCUUCAGUGCAGAACUAGUCCUUUUUCCCCAAGAGGGAGCAUCUCUAGGAAAGAAUCUCCAUAAAUGUUAUACCCAGAGGAAGAACAUUAAACUUUACUCAGACCUGAGUCAGUGUAAUAGAAUUGGCUCCAAGAAGACAUUUUCUAGGUAUAAUAAAUGUGGAAAAUACUCCAGUUAUACUUCAGACCUUGCCAAAAAUCUUGGUCUUCAGACUGGUGAAAAAUAUUAUCAAUGUGUUGAAUGUGAGAAGACGUUCCUCAAGAGCAAAGAAUUUAUUCAACAUCUGAGAAUUCAUACUGGGGAGAAACCUUAUAUAUGUAACGAAUGCGGAAAGUCCUUCCGACAGAAGCCACACCUUGCUCGGCAUUUGAGAAUUCAUACUGGAGAGAAACCUUAUGAAUGUAAUGAGUGUGGUAAGGCCUUCUGCCAGAGCAUAUCUCUUACUCAACAUCAGAGAGUUCAUACCGGAGAGAAACCUUACCUGUGUAAUGAUUGUGGGAAGACGUUCCGACGGAGCACACAUCUCACUCAACACCAGAGAAUUCAUACUGGAGAGAAACCUUAUGAAUGUAGUAAAUGUGGAAAAACCUUCCGCUGGAAGACAGGACUUAUUUUCCAUCAGAAAAGUCACGCUUCGGAGAACCUUUUUGAAUGUAAUGAAUGUGAGAAAGCUUUCUUCCGGAAUUCUGAACUUACCCAAUAUCAGAGGAUUCAGAUGGCAGAAAAACCUUAUGAAUGUAAUGAGUGUGGGAAGGCCUUUCGCCAGAACUCAGGUCUUAAUCGACAUCAGAGAAUUCAUACUGGAGAGAAACCUCAUGAAUGUAAUGAAUGUGGAAAAGCCUUCCGCUGGAGCACACAACUUGCUCAACAUCGGAGAAUUCAUACUGGAGAGAAACCUUAUGAAUGUAAAGAAUGUGGGAAGGCCUUCUGCCAGAGUGCUGAACUAAUUCAGCAUCAGAAAUUUCAUGCUGCUGAGAAACCUUACGAGUGUCAUGAAUGUGGGAAGGUCUUCCGACGGAGGACAGGGCUUACUGAACAUCAGAAAAUUCAUACUGGAGAGAAAUCUUACAAAUGUAACAUAUGUGGAAAGGCCUUCCGCCAGAGGAUACAUCUUGUUCAGCAUCAGAGAAUUCAUGCUGGGAAGAGACCUUAUGAAUGUAAUAAAUGUGGGGUGGCCUUCCACCCCACUAUGCCUUAGCUCACUGCAGAAGAGUCGUACUGGAAUGAAUAGUGGAAAUGUUUCCGUCAGUACCCACACUUAGCGGAAAAUUAGAGAAUGCAAAUCGAAGGGAGAACCUGUAGAUGAAGCUGAUCCCGGUCUCCCUCCUCUCUUCCCUCCUCGUCUCUUCCUCCUCUCCCCAAACACAGCACAAAUCUUAGACUGUUGACUGAGGAAAUUGUGGUCAUCUCACAGGGAGCUCAGUCCCUCUAUUACAUUCAUCCAGAAUUCCUAGAAUGGUCCUCUCUUUCUCUCCUCCAUUAUUAUCAUGGAGGAAUAUGAGGUGUAGUCGUCCCUGCACCUUACAAAGUGUAAAUCCUAGGCUUGUUCCUGUGGUUCUGCUCCUUUUUGUCUACCUUAGAACCUUACUUCAAGAAUUAUCCCUUGCCCAGCAGUUGUAGGACCUCG